UAUGCGAUGUAGAUGAAGCGGUCAGGCGCGCCGCGUUCCUUUACAUAGCCGGCGUCAACGUCACGCAGCUCAGAGUCCGCCAGAGAGUUCUGACCCUUAAGGUCGGACUUACCGAACGCAGUCAGCGCGUGCGACGAGUGGUCGAAGAGAUCCUCGUACCCGGUUGGCUGAGCACUUUCCAAGGCAACAUCAUAGACCUGUUGAAAGCCAUACGCUUGGACAACGCUCACGAUGCUAAAGACUCGCAGUACGUCGCUGGAAAGCUGCUGGAGACAUUGUUCAAACGUCUCCCAAUAUCCGAACUGCUGGAAUGGCUGCCAACCGACAAGACUCUUCGGCUGAUCCCAGCUGAGAAACUAAACAAGGAGACCGCGUGGUACUGGCGCCACCUGGCGGAGCAUUUGCAGAAGAUCGAAGACGAUGAGACGCUGGAAACGGUGCUUCCAGACUUGGUGGUGCUCACUGGAUAUAUUAAGGCCAUAGUGGAAUCCCCCUGCCCGGCAGAAAGCUCGGACCCGAUAGGAUUCAGUACCCGCCAGCACGUGUUGCACGAGCUCGUGAGCAUGCUCCGAGUGUACGACGCGGCCGACCCCGCCGGCGGCAAGGAGCUGCAAGCGCUGGUCACUCAAGCGCUCACUGGUGACUACGGCCCGCUCAGCUCUGACGUCAUACGCGCGUUCGUAUCAGCCCUCGAGAUGGUUGUACCUGACCUGGCGCUUCGGCUGGAAAUCAUCAACGGCAUGAUAUCGGCCCUGAGAGACCCGCCCGAACCAGAAACGAUUGCUGCGCCUCCGCCGCCUGUGGAUUGCGCUGAAGUUAAACUACAGCGCGCCAGACUUCGCGUAUCCCUCAACGUAGCCAUGGAAGCCCAAGAAGAAGCGGUCAGAGACCAAAAUUAUGUUCUCGCCGCCGAAUGUAAAGCUAAGGUGGAAGACAUCCAAAAGAAGUUGGAAGAUCUGAACGUUCAACCAACACCGCCACCUCCAGCCCCAAUACCAACAAUAAUGGAAAAAGUGUCUGAUGCAGAAACCUUAAACAAAUGCCUAACGAUACUCAACAGUGCGUUAGACACGCCUCAACUCAAGACCGUGACUCCAAUGUUAAGGAUGAUAUUCAACGAAUUAGAGGUGGAAAUAUUCCAAAACCCAGAAGUGCUAGAAAAUGCUCUAGAAACCGUGGCGUUAUUUGGUAUGCUCGAUAAGGAGUUUGCGAAAGAAAACAAAGCUUUCUUCUUUGCUAAUCUAAUAGACACGUCAAACGAGCCAAUCGUGACGACAGUACUAAAGUGCAUAGUGGAUCUCCUUUGCGUGCACGGUGCGAAAGUUUUCGAAGACGACGCGUCUGAGUCGCAGCGCCCAGACGAGUCGAAAGCGAAGAGCAAGCGAAGCACGUACUCUCACUCUAUAGACGCGAUCGAUGAGGAUGGUAGUAUUUCCGAAUCUGUGAUAUCACUGACACCAACUCACAGUACCGUCAUCGAACUACUAUUGAAAAUAAUGGACAGCACGUGCGCAACGUAUCGGCUGAUAAUAGUGGAAGGUCUAUGCCGUUUGCUACACCUUGGCCAUCUGGAGUCCCCGGCGAUACUCAGCCGCCUUAUGUUGCUUUGGUUCAAUCCUGCUACAGUGGAAGAAGACAUGCUGCGACAAACAAUAGGAGUGUUCUUCCAAACUUUCCCCACUACAGUCGAUGGUGCACAGGAGCAGAUACAAAAAGCAACGCUUCCCACACUGCGUGCCCUAGCCAACGCUCCCUCGAGUUCGCCGCUUGCUGAAAUCGACCAAGAGGCAGUGGUUCGCUUCAUCGUGUCGCUCACUCGCGUCAACCACGAAGUCAUCGACAGCCAAGGUGUAAUGGCAAUGACACUAUGCAACUACAUAGUGCGGAGGCCUUCGUCGACUGAAGUGGGUCUGGCCUGCCGAAUGCUCGCUCUACUGUCGCCUCCUAGGGAUGGACAGCUCGCGAUCGAACUGGCGGCUAUGCUGCGAGACUUGUGUGCGUCAUCCGCGCAAUGUGCGAAAUUGAAGUACACAGUUGUCAUAAAAUUCCUCAAAAAGAGGAACAAAACGCUGACGGUAACAUUUGAAGAGAUGUCUACAGUUAAUGGGGAGUCUUGGCCUUCAUUUGAUAUCAUGAAAGAUUGGAUCCGAUAG